GGGAGAGGCCGCGACCCUUCCCCGCCGGCGGGCGACGAGCCAGGGGGCCGGCAGCCUGGGCCCGGCGCUCAAUUUAAACUCUGAAAUUCGGGCCGCUGGCGGACUCCGGAAACGAAACGACGUUCGCCCGGCAGACCGCGCGCCCCGGUCCCCGCCGCAUCCCCGGAAUCGACGCUUCUCCCGCCAUUUGCCACCCGCCUCUCGCCGAGCCCGCGCUCCGAGGGCUGAGGCCCGCGGCCGCCGGGAGCGGACGAGCGGCAUGGCGCGCGGCGCGGACGGCGGGGACGGCGCUCGCGUCUGGCAGCACGUGUUCCUGCUCCCAGAAUAUUUAAAGGAUGCUUCAAAGAAGACGAAAAGCGGGCUUGUGUUUGUAAAACUGGCUAACCCAUGUUCAGGGGAAGGAGCCAUUUACUUGUUCAACAUGUGUCUACCACAGCUGUUUGAAAUAAAAGUUUUCAAGGAAAAAAACCGUUCUUGGUUUAUAAAUGAAUCAGUUCAAUCAGGAGGUCUUCUUCACUUUGCCACACCUAUGGACCCUCUGUUUCUGCUUCUCCACUACCUUAUAAAGGCUGAUAAAGAGUCUUUUCAGGGGAAGUUUCAACCUCUGGAUCAAGUUGUGAUGGAUGACAUGUUCCCGGAUUGCAUCUUGUUGCUGAAACUUCCUGAACUUGAGAAGUUACUUCGACACGUGACAGAGGAGAAAGAAAUAGACAAGAAGAAAUAUUACAAGUACAGCAAAGAGAAGACAUUAAAAUGGCUAGAAAAAAAGGUUAAUCAGACUAUGGCAGCAUUAAAAACCAAUAAGGUAAAUGUCAGUGCCCGGGUACAGUCUACUGCAUUUUUCUCUGGUGGCCAGGUUUCCAGUGACAAGGACGAGGAUUAUGUUCGUUACGCCCAUGGUCUGAUAUCUGAUUACAUCCCUAAACAAUUAAGUGAUGACUUAUCUAAAUAUUUAAAGCUUCCAGAACCUCCAGCUUCAGUGCAAAACCCUCCAUCAAAGAAAGCAAAGUUAUCAGAUGAGCCCGUAAAGGCAAAAGAAGAUUAUACUAAGUUUAACUCCAAAGAUUUCAAGACUGUGAAGAAAAAUAGCAAAAUGACCGCAGCUCAGAAGGCUUUGGCUAAAGUUGACAAGAGUGGAAUGAAAAGUAUUGAUUCCUUUUUUGGUGCAAAACAUGUUAAAAAAAAAAUAGGAAAGAUUUGAACCUUUGAAAGUGAAAUUGAGCAAAAACACCUGCCUUCUUCAUGUCCCACUUUCCUCCUUCUUCCUUGCUGCUAUGCUUCCAAACCCUUAAUUACCACCUUCUGAAAAAAGGUAGGAUGAGGGCAAUUUUCAGAUUCACUCAAACAUUUCUUUGUAUUUGAAUUUUGUGUUUCCUGAACAAAAUAUGGGAAAGUAAUUGUGAAACAUUAUGGCUUAUAUAGCCUUUGGAGUUUUAUUUGACAUCAUGAAAAGUAAUCAAGUGAGUAGAAUUAACCUUUAGCAUCACAAAUUCCUUAAUAAACUGACAUGUGACAAUG